UUUACUUUAAAUGUAGCUUUAUCGCCGUACAGAUUAAUCAUAACACUUAAAACACAAUUAUAUAUAUUUAUGAUGUCAAUACGAUUUAUAAAAAAAAUAAAUUAAUUUUAGACAUUCCAAUAAGACGAAAAUGAUUUCAGUUCAUUGAUUUUCAUUCUCUGGUUGAUAAGUUCCAUAAAUAUGAAGUUUUUAUCCUACGACUUUAAUAUUCAUUUAUUUGUAUUGAUAAUAUUUAUCGUUAAUUCAUACGUAAUAACAGAUAAAAAUUUUAAUACUACUAAUAGUAAUGAAGACUUGUUCAGCAGAACCCGAAGAACAGUUGUUGUAUUAGAUAAAAAAAAACUUUGGAAAAGCGGUAUAAUUCCUUAUGAAUUUAAUGAUAUUGUUACUGGACAGCAACGAAGAUUGUUAAAAAAAGUAAUGAGAGAGUGGGAACAAUCAACAUGUGUUCAAUUUGUUGCAAGGAAUAAAGAGCACCAUCCAUAUUAUUUAUUGUUUACGAAAUUACAACAAUGCCAGUGUUGUUAUGUUGAACGAAAACGUGCGAAUACACCUAAGUUUAUAGGUUUGCAGAAUCAUUGCUAUAAGCAGCAAAUUGUUCUUCAUGAAUUAGGACACGCUAUUGGUUUUUUACACGAACAUAAUCAUCCGGAUCGUGAUAAAUAUAUUGAAAUAAAUUAUUUUAAUGUUGAAGCAGGUCUAUUCAAUCAAUAUACUAAAUAUUCGGCCGACAAAGUUGACACAUUGAGUCUACCAUAUGACUAUCGUUCAAUUAUGCACUAUACUUAUAAUUUAAGUUCAACUGAUCCGAAAUCGAGAACGAUAGUACCUAUACCAAACGACCAAAAUGAAAACUCACUGGUGGAAAAUGGUAAUUCAAAACUUAGCAAUGGAGACAUAGCAGCUACGAAUCUUAUGUAUCAAUGUUCCAGUUGUGGAAAAACAUUAUAUGAGCCUAGUGGUACAUUUGAACAACCAAUAAAUAACAAUAACGUUACACUAAAUGAUGUUGAAAGGUGUGAAUGGAGAAUUAGAGCAGCUGAAGGUGAAAACAUAAAACUCAAAAUCAUAUCAUUGAAGAUUUAUCAGACUUACAAUUGUUUAUUUGAUUAUCUGGAAAUUCGAAACGGAAAUUCACUAAACAGUACUAUUUUAGCACGUUACUGCGGUGAAGUAACUGGACACACCAUGAUUACUGGUAAUUUUUUACUAGUUACUUAUGUGAAAAUGAGUAAUCAAAAUAUUACCAGUACUUUCAAAGUCGAGUACGAAACUAUUUGUCAUCGGACUAUUGAGAUCAGCAAUGACACUUCUUACAAUUUAGAAUCACCGAAUUAUCCAAAACGCUACAAAUCAAACAAAGAGUGCUACUGGAAUUUCAUUGCACCAAGUAAUCAUCGGAUAAGAAUGAAAUUUCAUCUCUUUGAAAUUGAAAUGAGUGAAAAGUGUACAAAAGAUUAUAUCCGAUUUUUUAACGGCAAUUCUUUAACCUCUCCUAUGAUUGGAAUCUACUGUGGCAAAAACAAUAAUUUAGAAAUUAUUUCGUCAAAAAACAAGUUGUCCGUUUUGUUCUCUAGCGACUCUCUGAUUGAGGCAGCUGGGUUCUCAGCGUCUUUGAUUGCUGUACUUAAUGAAAAUUAAUCAUCUAUUAAUGAUGGCCGUUAAAAAUUACAGUAAAAAUAAAUAUGUUAAUAUUACAGACGGUAAUUGGCAUCGAUUGUGAUAUCAUGAAUACUCGGAAAGUUAAUUCAAUAGAAAAUAAAAUGUUUGUUUCAUUUUAUAGCAAUAGGACAAUAGGAAAAAAUUGUUUCUCUCCUAUCUUUAUUCUUAUACCGAUUCAUCAAUAAUUUGCCUCUAAAGAACACGAUUGUUAAAAAAAAAAAAAAAAAAAACAACUUAUUCAUCUAUUAAAGAAAAAAAUUGUUAAUAUAUAAAUUAUAAAUAUUUUUUUUAUACACAUUGGUUUAUUUUCCGAGUUUCCGUCAAGUUCCUCUUGUCAGUAAAUACAGAAUUUCCUCUCCCAAUUCUCUAAGCCACAUCUUGAGCCCUCAAUUUCACUAGAGUAAAAGCUCAACGAAAAGCGUGAUAAAAUGGCUUCUUAUUCUCGCGUUUAUAUUCAAUCUCAAGGCGAUUUGGUAGGCGCAAAGGGCUUCAUCUGAAACACGUUAGUCGGCAUUCACCACUCCUAACAUAUAUCUAUAUAUCUAUGUAUGUAUCGAGGUAUAUAUAUCCAUAUAUAUAUGUAUAACAAGAAGGAGAGAGAAGGGAGUAAAUCGGUUUCGAUGCAUUAUGUAGUAUCUUCUUGAUCCUCUGUAAUGCAUCUAUGCAUGGACUUGAGAGAUGUCCUGCCAUUUUGAAGACACACUAUUCUCCUGCUGUGUAUCAUAAUCUGUAAGUUAAUUUUAAAUAAUUGAAAUUUGAUUACUUAAUUACAUUAACUAACUAUUGUUGUUAACGAAACUCGUUUUAGUACUUUCAAAUCAAUUUAAAAAAAAAAAUUUAUGACAUAAAUUUAAAUAUAAAGUUGAAUUGAAUUGAAUUAAUUAUCACGCCUCAACGUAUACUUGUAUGCUAAAUGCAACCACGUUUCGCACUCAGCUUGAUUACUAUUUACAUAAAAGAUCUGGCAUGCCAAAACAAUCAGUUUCAUCAACAAAUUGCUACAUUACAUUAUACUUUAUUUCAUUAUUAUUAAAUCGGUUUUACGGCUCUAAUUUAAUUGUAACUUCUCAGUUUAUUUAAAAAAAAUAUAUAUUUUCCAUUUUAUCACUUCAACAAUAGUUUCAA